AUGCCGUCUCGCGUUUUCGCUGCUCCGUCGUCGGGCCACAGCGGCGAUCUCAUAGCUGUACAUCCGCAGCGUGACGAGAGCUUUGUAUCGCCAGUCCUAGCGGGACCCGAAGAUGGAGCUGAGCUGGUGCUUGAUUUCCAGGGCCAUAAGCACGUGGAUCCCUCCGAAGGUGAAGAUCAAGCGUACGUAUUGCAAGACGACACGUCCAGUUCUCACACGAAGUUCACGAUGCCCGGCCAGGCCACUGUCAAUGCGCUCCGCGAUUACCUCCUCAAGAACCUGCAAGCCCACCAGGUUGUCGACGGUUAUGGCAAUGUGUGCAAGAUGUUUGAAAUCUCCAACGACCACCUUGCUGUUCUGCAAACGAAGAUAUGGACUAAGACCUUUAGCGGCCGCUCUCCGGUGAAGACAACAGUUUCUCGCCCUUCUCGAGCCCAAACACUGAUGUCAGGUCAUAUUGCAAGGAUUUCUCGGUUCUUGGAAGAGAACCAUCUUUUCGUGCUGAGCGAAACCGAGCACGCCAUAUGCCACUACUCGAACGAUUCUCCAGAGACCACAAAACGUGUCUGCCAUUCGCAAAUUUUCAGAAUCGAGCCUCUGGUCCACUGGGGCACAGUCAUACCCGCAACAGCUUUUCAGUUCAUGGCCAGCUUCCGCCGUAAUGGCAGUCUCAUGCAGAUUCCCGCAUACGAACAAAUUGUCAGAAACUCGAUCGAUGCAAACACACCGACUUACUGUUUCGACUGUUUGGAAUACCUAUGGAGCAAGCGCACAGAAGCUUGGGGUAUCAUCCGACGACUUGAAGAUACAAUGCCACAAAUCUCGACAUACAGCUCACGUUUGGCACACCGAACAGCAAACGGCCAGAUGCCCGGGGGAUUUAGCCCUACUUUUGGCGCCAGCGUAUUGGAGAGCGUCGAUUCAACAGCGUAUCAAGGUAAGGCGGACGAGACCGAAAUGUAUGAUGAGGUCCGCAUGGCACCAUGUCUACUUGAUGGCACUUCUGAUUACCUCGACGUCGCCCAAUCUCAUAUUCCGCAUACCACCAAAAAUCAGGGCGUUGAUGCAGUAUGGGAGCUGUCUGAAAGUGAAGAUGUAGAUGAGCAUUGUGAACGCAUGAGGUCGUCGUCACGUUCAAACUCUUUGACUCUCCUUUUGCGCAUGACACCUGUCAAGCCUAGGAGCUCGGACAACUUUCUCCCAAUUAACAGGCAUCAGCCCCCCGUACAGAUACCAAUCUCAACUGUACCUCAGACCAACAGCAUUGCGCGCGGCAAUGAGUGCGCAAAGAGGGUUUACACCACGAACAAGUACGGUUUCCGUGUCAAAGUCCAGACGCCUCCACCCCGUGCGGCGAAGCGCGAGUUUGGGCGCGAACUUGACACCAACUCUACAAUCCCGCUCGUCCAAGUAAGAAGGUCACCGUGUAAACACAUCGGGAAAGCAUCAACACAUGAAGGAGCCUCAAUACAGCCUAUGGAGCCUUUGAGGCCAUCGAAACCUUUGAAGCGGUUCAAGAAAGCAAGGGUUCUGAUAAAGGAGACAAAGAAAAGGAAGAAUGCACCUACCGACCUUCAGACAUGCAAGCAGAAGAUGGUGCGAAAGACUGUCACUGGAGAACCCAACCCCACUGGAUCCAAACCCUACAUCAAUUCUACUGCGGGACUUCGGUUUUCGCCUGAGCCCCAACUUGUAGUCCUACCGCUCCCUGCGAAGUUCGUUGUACACUUCGCAAAGCGUCCCCUGGACACAAACAUCCCUGAUGGGGUAGUCGCACUGGCAUACGCAGCUUUCCAGAAUGAUCAUCCGGCGCCCAUGUCCAAGAUAUGUGUAUGCAAUAAACCUGCAUCGUACGGGCUUUUCAAGAAGAGUGAACUAUCCCAGAUUACGCAAUGUGUGAAUCGUGACUGCCGUUUCAGAUGGUAUCACUACGCUUGUCUGAACCUGUCGGAGAAGGGGAAGGCCCGAUGGGGCACUUUCGUGUGUCAGUACUGCCGCAACGAGGAAGAGUUUGCUGAGAAGGACAGGAAGAAUGGCUGGAACAUGGCACGGCAAGUAGACUUCAGGAUAAACUGGACCAAGGACGACAUCGAAGCGGACGUGCCAGGCUUGGGUGGACAUGGUCCUGUGGCUAACCCGUACGGCUUAGGCGUGGACGUUGAUCUGGGUCCAGCGUUCGAGACCGCAUCUCAGACGAAAGGUGUGCUCGGUGAUCUGGAACCCUUUGAGUACGCACAAUCACAUCCUCAUAUGCUUGUGGAAGCGUACAGCAACCCCGCCGCUUACGCCCAGCUUCGUGCUGAGUGCGCUGGAGAUGAGGCGAAUGAUGAGCAGUGGCGGCACGAGACCCACACAACCGAUGAGGAUUACCUUGAAGACGAAGAAACGCUCGAUCUGGAAACGGAGGAAGAGCUGUAA